AAGGAAGAGGACUGACAGUGAGACAGUAGCUAGCACACGCAUGGCUCUGGAGGUCACCAAGAUAGAGCUCCACUGUGUGAAGAACAACACGGCCCACAGCACCGAUGGCAUCUCUACAGAUCGGCUGAUUGUCAGGAGGGGCCAGUCCUUCCUGCUCACGUUCCAUUUCAGCCGUUGGUUCAGCACCACAAAUGACGUGCUGGAGCUGACUGUUGAGACAGGACCCCAGGCCUCUGAAACUGUUGGAACCAAGUCUGUGUUCAAAGUCCCCGGGGAACGUUCAACAAAUUCAAAGAAGUCGUGGGAUGCUAAGAUCCAGGAGACCACCCCUACCUCUGUCACCCUGGCCAUCACCAGUCCAUCUGAUGCCAGCAUUGGAGAGUAUGCUCUGUCUGUGAAGACUGACCCCUAUGGGACUCAGGUCCUCAGCAUUGGGAGGUUAAUUGUGCUGUUUAAUCCUUGGUGUGCAGAGGAUUGGGUGUAUCUCCCCCAGCAGAAUGAGCGAGAGGAGUAUGUGAUGAAUGAGCAGGGUCUCGUAUACAGAGGAUCAAAUGGCUACAUCACCUCUUUGGCAUGGAACUUUGGACAGUUUGAGGAUGACGUUGUUGACAUUUGUCUGAAACUCCUGGAUGUCAACCCAAAAUGCAUACGAGAUGCAAAAGAGGACUACUCUGCACGCUGCAACCCCAUCUAUGUCAGCCGAGUGGUCAGUGCCAUGAUCAAUUCCAAUGAUGACAGAGGUAUAUUAAUUGGAAAGUGGGAUGAUAACUACAUCGGUGGCGUGCCGCCAACACACUGGAACGGCAGCGUGGAGAUCCUGCGCCAAUGGAUCAAAUAUGGCUGCUACCCCGUGAAGUAUGGCCAGUGCUGGGUGUUUGCUGCCGUCAUGUGCACAGUAAUGAGGUGCUUGGGAAUCCCUUGUCGUGUGGUCACCAACUUUGAAUCAGCCCAUGACACUGAUGGUAGUCUGACAAUUGAUGAAUUCUUCUCUGACUAUGGUGUGAGACCCAGGGAGAGCCGUGACAGUGUAUGGAAUUUCCACGUGUGGGUGGAGGCCUGGAUGAGACGCCCCGAUCUUUCCAGAGAUGCAAUUUAUGAUGGCUGGCAGGUGCUGGACCCCACACCCCAAGAACUGAGUGAAGGGGUUCACUGCUGUGGCCCAGCUCCAGUGAAGGCCAUACUGGAAGGUCACACAGACGUCAAGUAUGAUGUGCCUUUCGUCUUUGCUGAAGUCAAUGCCGACCGAGUCACCUGGAUGGUGUAUGCCGAUGGCUCCAAAAAGGAGAUCUUCUCAGACACCGAGUCUGUAGGUCAGAACAUAAGCACGAAGUCAGUGGGCAGUGAUAAGAGGACAAACAUCACUGCAAACUACAAAUAUCCAGAAGGCACAGAGAAGGAGAGGGGAGCGUUCAAGACAGCAGUCAGUAGAGGCAAAAUGAUCAAAGACGAAAAACCAGACAAAACCCCGGCCCUUCCCAACGUCUCAAUUAAGAUUGAAGAGUGUAGCAAGCCAAUCCACGGCAAGGACAUUGACCUCAGCCUCACAGUGCACAGCGACCACCCAGCUCCACAUGAAUUACUGAUUCGAAUAAAUGCCCAAGCCAUGCACUACACCGGUGUCCUGGCUUCUAACAUCUGGAAUGAGGAGAGAGAAGUACAGCUGCAGCCAAACAAUGAGUUGAAGACGCUCAUCCAGAUUCCCUUCUCAAAAUAUGGUCAGCACAUGCUGGGGAACAACAGCAUCAAAGUCACCGCUGUUGGCAAAGACAAGCAGAGCAGUGAGGCAGUGUACCUUGUGGAGAGAAAUAUUGUGCCUGCAAGUCCCCCCUUCAAGAUCACCACAACUGGAUUGCCUGCGCUGUACAGUGACAUGGUGGCAGAGGUGGUUUUUGAAAACCCCUUACCUGUGGCUCUUAAUGACUGCUCCAUUAGCCUCACAGGCAGUGGCUUAUUGAGCCGCACUGUGGAAACCAGAGUGAAGUCUCUGGGACCAGGAUUGCGGGUUCGAGUGCAGAUACCUUUGAAGCCAUACAGAGCUGGCCCCAAGAAGCUAGUGGCCGAUUUUGACUGUGACUUGUUCCGGGACAUUAAAACAAGCUGCAAUGUUGACAUUAAACCUGUUCAUAGCAUCUACAGUUUGAGUUAGCUACCUACACGUAGAAUUAUGAUGUAGAUGUAAACACAGUUUGCAAACAAAAACUGUCAAUUCAUGACCACAGAUACUGAUUUUGUCAUUUUUGAAUUUGUAUUAUUUUAUACAGAUGUGUAUCCUGUGUGAAUGAGUACAUAUCUUGUGCUUAAGGCUUAAAGAGAAGCCCUUUACCUAAAGAUACUCCUUCUUCAUCAUUGCAACAUUUGGCACUUCAAACGUUUUCCGUCCACACCGAGUUUCCUGACUGUAACCAAUACACAGCAGAGGUUGUUUUCAUGUCUGGUACGCUUGCCGAAGUCUGAAUCAUUUGCAAAUGGACUCACAUGACAGUUCAGUUCAAUUCACACCAUCAAUUUUGAGGUGCAUGGGGAAACACAAACAUCCUUAAUGUUUUCAUCUGAUGAUCCAUGCUGCUUUUCAAUUGGAUACAACAUUGUAGGAUAUACAAUAACAGUGGACAUUUAUGGAGAAUGACUCACAUGUUGCUGUUCUCUUUUUAUGUGGUGCUCUUUGAAUGACCCCAUUCUUUAAACAUGGAAAAAAUGG